UAAUUGAUAUCAAUUAGAAUAAUAUAGUUUAAUUGAAUCAAUUUCUAUGAUAUCAGAGCGGUUAAGAGAUUUGCGAAAAAAAAAUUGUUUAGAGGGGAAUUGUUAUAAUAAAGAAGGAAGAGGAUGCGUUGAUAAAUUGAGGAAUUUUUUCUCUAAAUCUUUAAUUCCAAGCAAAAAAAAAGGAUCUUUAAUUUUAUUUGAAGCAGUUGAAGCGGCACGAUGUUCUUUGAAUAGAGAUAAUGUGGAAAAAAAAAGGAAUGUAUCAUGUGAAGAUAAAGAUACAAGUAAAAAUUUUGUAAAAAAAAGAAAAACAUAUUUAACUCGAGGUCUUUAUGCAUUUUCAUUUAAUUGCAGCAGAGAAUCGGAUUUGAAUAAUUUGAAAAAAAAAGAAAUAUUUCCUUUGCCAAUGUAUUAUGGGAUUACAUUGAUGGAUCAUUUAAGGGAUUUUAAAUUGCCAUGGAAUUUAUUUGCUACAUCGAAAAUAACAUAUAGACCGGAAGGUUGGAGAUAUAUAAAACAAAAUAUUUAUGGUAAAGAAAAGUUUAAAAAGAUUUUUCGUCCUAAAUGCAAUUGCAAGCAAGGUUCUAAUUGCGGGGAUGGUUGUUUAAAUAGAGAACUUUUUUAUGAAUGUGAUGAUACUACAUGUGCUCUUAAUAAUUCUCAAGAAUGUUCUAAUCGUGCUUUUCAACACUAUACAAAAAAGAGAAUGGAGGGGAGACUUUCUUCUUUAAAUACGGAAAUUGUUUGGACAGGAAAUUGUGGAUUUGGUCUUCGAUCUCUUCGUGAUUUCGAAGCAAACUCUCUUAUAGUUGAGUACUGUGGAGAAGUAAUAGAGAAAAAAGAACUAUUUCGUAGAAUGAAUAGUAUUUACAAAAAUGCUCAGAAUUAUUAUUUUUUAAAUUUUGAGUCAGGACUAGUUUUGGAUGCUGGAAUUAAGGGAAAUGAAUCUCGCUUUAUUAACCAUUCUUGUGAGCCUAAUUGUAAAAUUGAAAAAUGGUAUGUAAAAGGUAUUCCACGUAUUGGUGUUUUUGCUGGAGAAGCUGGAUUAUUUGCUGGAGAAGAUAUAACAUAUGAUUAUAAUUUUAGGAAAGUAAAAACUUAUUAUAUUAUUAUUUAACUAUUAAUAGUUGGUUUGAAGGUGCAGAACAACAAAUUUGUUAUUGUUCUUCGGCAAAUUGCCGAGGUUUUAUAGGGAAAAAAUGUAGUAAAAAUAACUCAAAAACAGAAAAGUUUUCAAA